CUCGCUCUCUUCCCUUCUACUUCCUUCAUCUUCGCCCCAUUCUAUCUGUUUGCAGCCAAAGACUACGUCUCCGCCAAUCCUACAUGCUCUGUUAGACGGCGUAGACUCCCUCCUCGUUCCCAGGCAAGCAACCCCUUCCCCACCCCUUUAGACGCGACUUCAAUUCCCUCAUUCGCCGCAGGCAAUGGCGCCUACUCCCAGCCUAUUCGGCGCAAUGGACCUAACGGCGACGCCUCGUCCAAACACGACUGCGCUCAAGGAGGACAAGUCUCUCCCUCCACCACCGCUCGAGGAGAUCCUCAUGGAGCGGCAGGAGCAGAUGAGAAUGCAGCGAUGUAGCAGGAAUGACCUCGAUGGCGGCGCCAUGACCUCAGAGCCGUCUAGCGCCGGCUCCACGAGCGUCUCCUCCCACUCUGGCACUGGCUCUCCAGUCCAGAGCUUCCAGACUCCUCAGCUAUGGCCUGCAGCAUCCAGCUCCUCACCCACUCUCCCCGAUCAAGGUACCCUCGCUCCCGCUUUCGAUCCUUCCGUCAUGCGCAUGACCGAGGCGACGGGCAGCAUGACACUUGCUCGUAGAAGGCGCAAUGGCAGCAGCGGUGCCGCAUCCCUGUCUAGCCCCACUCUGCCAGACCCUGCGACCUUUCCCAUCCCACCUUCACCGGCGACAAGCUUGCGUCAUCAGGAAGCGACGGCCACGUCGGACGUAGCAUCGACGACGAGCGGCCACAACAGCUCGGCGCGUGCCUCCUCCCUCUGGAGCAUGAGCAACAGGUUCAGUCGUAAUGGCAGCUGGGAUACGCAUCACAGUAGUCCGAUGACAACGCCAUCGAGUUCGAGAGAUUGCAACAUGUUUGGGAAGGGUGAAGGAAAUAAAGCCGGCGACCGCGAAGACGACGAAGAUGACGUUGGGUUGGGAAUCUACUCUCAGCCGUCUGAGACAGCAGCGGGCGGUGGUGGCGCUGAGACCGCGGAUAGAUGGGCGCACCAUCGCAACCCAGUCUGGACACGCAAGCCUGCGCCCCUCACUCAGCACAUCGUCUCCUCGACUCCAUCAGAGCAUUCCAGUACGAAGCCGCCUGCCGACGAGGUUGAGCAAGUACGCGAAGGGACGACACCCAUCAUCGCGCCAAGGCCUACGCUUGGUCGCAUGGUCAGCGAGCCCAACCUCACGGACAGCCUCAUAUCGACAACGUCCACUGCAUCCGUCGCUGGCCCUCUUCUUCCUCCUUGCGCGAUCCCUUCCAGAGGAGCAUCUCGCAACCGCACUCGCUCUGACGCUUCUCCCAGCGGGGCUGCGAUAAGCGUCCGGCGUCGACCAUCGAAGGCGUCGACUACCACAUCUUCGUCAUCGUCCUCGUCGAUGCCAAUGUCUUCAGAGGACGGCUCCUUCGCUGUGCUCGCUCGUACCGUCAGUCCAAGAGGAAGCUCCCUUCGUACGACGACUCGUUCGCACAAGCCCCCCUCCUCCAAGGCAGGCAGUGCAGGCAUGAAAACGUCUACAAGCCUCAGCAAGCUCGCCUCGUCGGCCACCCUUCACCGCAGGCUGGACAGUCGCUCCUCGCUGAGGGAACUGGAUGAGGGGAUGCCGACCUCUCUCACCUCGUCCUCGUCCUCGACGUCGAUGAUGUCGACCAGCUCAGAGUCGCGCGCAUACAACAACCGCAAACGAGCCAUGUCAGCGGCGUCUUCGAUCGCUUCGUCCAGCCGGCUGAGCAUUGACGUCAAGGCGCUUGGGAUGGAGUUCCCGCACCUCACAGCGGUGAAUGGCAUCGAGGAGAGUGUGGGCGAUGCAGUCAAGGUGGUAGAAGAGGGCAGAGGCGUGGUUAUCGAGGCCAAUGGUCGAAGCCUCGCUGACAUUGAGUACGAGAUCGGCAGCGAGACAAGCCACCUGCUGCUUUCUGGCUGCGAAGGUGGAGAAGAGAUGACGGCCUUCCUCGAGAGGACACUUCCCUCAGCUGCCCAUAGCCUGCUGGUGCUUGACAUCUCGCACACUGGCAUCGUGGAUUUGCCGCCUUGCAUCGAGCAGUGCAAUCGCCUUGAAGAACUCAAUGUCUCGGGCAACGCCUUGGCAUCAGGCAAGCUACCCUCUUGGAUUGGCUCUCUCUCCACCCUGCGCGUCCUCAUCGCCGACGACACUGGCUUGGUGUCGCUUCCUCACGCCAUGAGCAAGCUCUCAGAGCUGACGACGCUCAGUCUUGGACAUAAUCACCUGGCGCACCUCCCAAGCUGGCUCUGCCUCCUGAGUGGCAAGCUGGAGCGCCUCUAUCUCGAGGGCAACCCCUUCAAGGGAGCGUGGCAGAAGCUUCUCGCCUCCAUUUUCCCUUCGCAGGUCCCUGCACCCGCUGUUCCCAUCUCCGCACCGGCUGGACCCUUCCGCAAGGAGAGCGGCUCGUCCUCGCCAUCUAGUCCGGCGAGCGAGCGUCGCCCAGGCUUCUCACGCAAGAAGAGCGACAACGAGCUGGCCAAGUUCUUCAACCCGAGGGUCUCUCAGCAGUCCUCCCAGGUGACGACGCCUCAGCAGGAGCAAGACCAGCCCGUUAAGCUGACGGCCAUCGAAGAGCAGAUGCAGCGUCGCGGUCUGCUCGACCGAGACGCGACCGUCAAGGCGUCGAAGGGGUCAGAAGGUGGUGAGAGCAAGUGGGCCUUCCUGCGCAAGGUGACGCGCAAGACGUCCAGCAACUUUCUCAGUAACAGCGCGUCGGCCUCGGCAGCGGCGUCCGAGAGUGGUCGAGGCGCCGGAGCAGAAAACAGCGGCAUCGCCUCGCCGGCGCGGUCACGCAGGCCAUCGAUCGACGUCACCCAACACCGCAGUCCGAAGACUUUGCCACGGCUGCACACCUCAAAUGCUUCGUUGUCUCGUCCAAUGGACCAUGACGCUCCACCAGCGACCGCGCCUGCAGGCCUUCUCGCUGCCUUUGAGCCAACGCCUCGCUCCGUUUCGACGCCAGAAGAGCGUCGCGGCCUCGCUCCCCCUCAAAGCCAAUCGAAGCGUCGUAGCUUUCUCGAUUUCAAUCGUGUCGAAGCGCCACGCGAGGACCCACUCGAGCUCAAAGGCAGGAUGCACGCUCUCAUGUGCUACCUGCGCGACCUCGACGACCUAGCUCCAGCCUCGCAGGCGCGCCGUCGUCGAGCAGCAUCAAGCGCACGCAACAGCGAUGGUUCUCUCAGCUCGUACGGCGCCGACCAUGUCGGCAAUGGGGGUACUGACUCUCCCAUUCGUCUUCGACAUCCCUCAAACCAGCUGCUCAACAUGACCUCAACCUCUUCGCCCGCCCCAAGUGAUAUCAAGGACGACUCACGGCGUCGUCGUCGCAUCAUUGCCGAGAUCAUCAGCUCCGAAGAGUCGUACAUUCGUGGCUUGCAGGAGCUCUGCGACAUUUACGUCAAGCCGGCCAAGUUGCCAGACGAGAAGAGCAACGGUGUGCCCAUUCUGACGCCGCAGGAUCAUCGUGCCGUAUUUGGCAACGUCGAGGGCCUACUCCAGUUUCAUACGGGCGCUUUCCUUCCUUCGCUGAUGGCAGCCGCGGACGUCGUGCUACGUCAGCAGGAAGAAGGUGGCGACGACGAGAGCGAAGAGGCCAGAUGUCUGACAGCAGGAGCGGCAGAGGCGGUCGCAGACGUCUUCCUCCGACACAGCGGCUGGUUCCGCAUGUACAGCGCCUACAUCAAUGGCUGUGACCAGGCGCAGACUAAGCUGGCCUCCUGGCUUGCCCCAUCGCAGACCUCAAGCGCUGCGGCCGCUUUCCGUUCGGCGGCUAGCAAUGCCACUGGAGGCGGAGGUGCAGCUGGCGAGCUGCUCCGCGUCAAGCGCAUCAAGACCUUCCUGAAGCGAUGUCGCCUCGACCCACGACACACGCAGCUGAGUGUGGAGAGCUACCUUCUCCUUCCCGUGCAGCGCAUCCCGCGAUACGAGCUCCUCCUCAAGGACCUGGCACGCAGCACCGACUCGAAGCGACUCAGCAACUCCGAGGCAGUCACGUCCGCUCUAGCGCAGAUGUCCUCGAUUGCGGCGAGCGUCAACGAGAGCAAACGCCAGUCCGAGCAGGAUCGUAAGCUCCUCGCUUGGCAGAGCAGGCUGCGCACUGGCUGGCACACGCCCCUCGUUCAGCCUCAUCGUCGCUUGCUGCGUGACGGGACCCUCCAACUUCGUCGUGUUGUGCAGAGGGUCAAGGCCUUUGAUGACGAUGCGGCUGCGGCUGCGGAUGGAGACGCUGCAGAUGCCUCGUGCGAUGGAGCGUAUGGCGAGGGCGGGAUGCAGGUCGACUGUCUGGAGCAGCAUACGGUCGGUAAGCCUAUAACGCUGCUGCUCUGUAAUGACGUCUGCGUUGCAGUCACCGCUGAAGGUGGGGCAAACUCGGCAGCCUCAUCAGCCGUCGACCUUUUCGCCCUCCUCAAGCCUCGUCACACCGGUAGCGGCGACGGCUCCACGUCAUCGCCUUGCUGCCAAGUCAUGGGUCAGACGUACCUCCGCCUCGUGGAUGCGCAGCGCAUCUUGUACUUUAUCACCAGGACGCACGCUGAGGCCGUCGAGUGGUGCGAGGCCAUCAAUGACGUUGCGACAAGGAAUGGCUCUGGGGCUUUACGCAGAGGCAGCUAGGCAUACGCGUGCACUUCUUCUUGGACGGCCAGCUACUUCUCACAAUCUUCCCUUCACCCUCUAUGAUAGACACA